GGGUCAGUCCACUUCGAACCUAGUCCUCCAAAAUCGCUGAAUAACAUCAGCGUUCCAGCUGGUGCGCGGUGGAAUGAAGAGCGUACAGGCAUCCUCGACAUUAAUUAAGCAAGCUAUGGCACACUACAUUUAUCUCUCUCCAUGAUACAACUUUACACUCAUCCGCCAUCCGCCAUCAGAUCGCUUGCCGGCUAUGGAGUUGAUCCCAUACACAUCGCGAGAAGGCCGCGAGAUUGUUUUACGCCACCGCAACGCCCUGGUUGUGCGUGAUCCAUCGUCGCAACGCCUCGAGAUUCGGGGCCUGUCGUUGACGGAAUGCCCCACCUGCCAUCAAUCCCUUCGAGCUCGCUCGUCGUCGCCGGAACGACACUUUGAUAUACCGGCUCACGAUGAGUCGUACGUCGAUCCCAACUACUUUCGCAUGCUACAAGCUGGCCAUGAUGAAACACAUCACGCCGACGACGCAGAACGUUCCCCCCCGAGUCCCAUAAGGAGGUUGACGCAGCCAGCGUUGCCCAGUGGUAAUGUCAGGAUACAAGAGGUGGCGGAGGCUGAAUUUCUAUCGAGCACACCAGCUCCCCAAGCGGGCGCACGUAUUAGGAGAAACGCAUUCAGUCCAAAUUAUUUCAACACCUUCUUCGUCGAGGAAAGUGAGCUUGGAAGGGGUGGGAAAGGCGUGGUAUUGCUGGUCCGCCAUGAAAUUGAUGGUUGCCAACUGGGCCACUUCGCCUGCAAACGUGUUCCAGUGGGCGACGACCACGCAUGGCUCGAGAAGGUAUUGGUUGAGGUUGAGCUUCUAGCCAAACUGUCCCACCCCAACUUGGUUUCCUAUCGCCACGUAUGGCUAGAGGAUUACAAACCCAAUCGAUUCGGUCCGAGUGUGGCCUGCGCCUUUAUCCUGCAACAAUACUGCAACGGUGGGGAUCUGUUGCGCUACAUCGUUGGAGAUCAACCGGAGGAGACCACCAAGGAGCAGCUCAAGGCUCACAUGCGCCGCAAAUCGAAAGGGCAGUCUGAUCAUCCACAUGAUCCCCAUUCAUCCCUUCGUCGCCUCCCGUUCGAGGACAUUUACUCCCUGUUCAAGGAUAUAGUUUCGGGUCUGGCGUACCUUCAUGGCUCCAAUUACAUCCAUCGUGAUCUGAAGCCGAGUAAUUGUCUUCUGCAUCGCGAAGGAGGAAAGCUUACUUGCCUGAUCAGCGACUUUGGAGAAGUCCAGCCCGAGCAUGCUGUCCGGAAGUCCACGGGAACUACAGGCACAAUCUCGUACUGUGCACCUGAAGUGCUCAGAAGAGACUUGGGCGGGCAGUUCGGCAAUUUCACGACCAAGUCCGACAUAUUCUCUCUGGGCAUGAUUCUGUACUUCUUGUGUUUCAGUCGCCUUCCAUAUCUCAAUGCCAAUACCAUCCACGAGGAAUUGGAGGACAUCGACCAACUCCGAGCCGAAAUCACGGAUUGGAAAGGUUUCCAGGAUGAGAGGAAAGAGCGGCCUGGCUUGCCCGCAAAGCUCUAUCAGUUGCUCAAGAAAAUGCUCGCCCUCGAGCCUGCAGAGCGACCAAGCGCAACAGAAGUGCUGACUGUGAUGAAUCUGGAAUCGAACACAGGCGGCCUGCGGAGGGAAGGACGAAGCAUGAGCCCUCCAGUCGGACUUCGUGGACGAAGAGUGCAGAACCUAGACUCUCCGAUGCCUCCCGGGACUCCAAUCGCGGAUCCCCUCAAGAAACGAUUCCGGGAUACAGCUGCGGAAGAAGUCAUUUCUUCCCCUGACACCCCAUCCUCACCUUUGCGCAACAAACCACCUGAGACCCCACGACAGAGUCUGAAAAAAGAUCCGAACCGCACUAGUCCCCGCUACCGCCCCCAUGCCAUGGCUCUCUCCCGAAGCGAGGACGGCUAUCGCCGCUCUGCACCAGAUCUCGGAACGACUGACAGCAUCCUUGCCCCGACGCCCUCUCCGCCACUUCUCAUGCCGCCCCCUACGACUUUUCUGGGGCGGACUCAACAUCGAGCUCUGGUCGCUUACCACCAGCUCGAUCAUUUCUACCACGCCAAUGCCGAGUCCAUUGUGUUCCCCUUGCGACUCAGCUUCUUCCUCAUAAAAAUGGCGUCGCUCGCCAGGCUCUGCUGGCCGUAUAUGGUGAACCUCGGAAUCGGAUCCACCCUGACGGGCAUUGCCGCUAUGGAUCUAGGAAUGCCGCAUAGUUGUGCUUUCGAACUAUCGUAUGAAAGAAUGUCGCAGAGGCGCGUUCACGCUGGCUUUUCCCGAUGGAGGUGGGACGAGAGGGUCAGUUUUGCGCUUUUACUGGUGCAUUUUGCGGUUGUGUGGUCAAUAUCACGGUGGAGUGUACUGUGUGCCUGGUGAUAACGUCUGGAUGGAUAGACGUUGGCUGUGGGUUUCAUGUCGUAUGUAAGAUAUGCUGUGUGCUAAAGAGGAGGCAAGAAACUGAACAAGGUUUCUUUCCUUCCACUGUUUUGUUUUUCUUCUUUAUCGCAGUUGACUCGCAUUGAGCAUGCUCUGGUGUUCGGGGGUAUCUUUGGGCCUUGUGGGCGGGAAAAGGGCGGAAUGAUACAUUAUAAUGUACCAUAGAGCGCAAUGGGUCUCGUUGGUUUUAAGACCACGAUUUAUAUAUUUAAUUGCUCCUUAA